AUGCAAGAUUACGAAGUCAUUAAAUGCAUUGGCGAAGGUUCUUUUGGUAAAGCAUUACUCGUCAAGCAUAUAGAAUCUCAGGAACUUCGUGUUAUUAAGCAAGUUGACUUAAGUCAGCAAAAUGAAACAAUUCAAGAAGCUUCUCUACGGGAAUCGAACUUGUUAUCAGAAUUAGAUCAUCCAAAUAUCAUUCGUUUUUACGAUUCCUUCCUAGAAGGCGAUGUAUUGUGCACAGUUAUGGAGUACGCAGCAGGAGGAGAUAUAGCUUCGAAAAUUGCAGAGGCAAAGGGUAUGCAUUUCCCCGAAUUCGUGAUUAUUUCAUGGUUUGCACAGAUGUGCUUAGGGUUACAAUAUAUACAUUCGCAUCAUAUUUUACAUCGAGAUAUAAAAUCACAAAAUAUCUUCCUAGAUGCAGAUGGAAACGUAAAAAUAGGCGAUUUUGGUACAGCUAAAUGUCUUGAAGAGACAGGAGAGUUCGCAGAAACAGUCGUUGGAAGUCCAUUUUAUUUAUCACCUGAAAUUUGUCAAGGAGUACCAUAUAACGCUAAGACAGACAUAUGGUCUCUCGGUUGCGUGCUAUACGAGCUGUGUACUUUAGUUCCUGCCUUCAGUGGUGACUGUAUUGGCGGAAUUGUCAUGAAAAUCCUUCGUUCAGAGCAGCCACCUAUACCAGGCGAGUAUUCCUCAGAUCUUUCCAACCUUGUUGACUCAAUGCUACAGAAGAAUCCAUGCAGGAGACCCACAAUUACCCAAAUUCUCAGUCUUUCGUUCCUAAAACCAGUUCUACCUAUUUCAUCUGUUUCCCAAGUGGUCAUACAUCGCAUGUCUGACGAGAAGAUCAAAGAGAAACGACCACAAUCCAAACUUGUCCAGCCAAAAGAGAAAAAACCAGUUGAAAUUCCACCUAAAGAAGAAAUUGGUCUUUGUCUCAUGGUUACAAACCUUCAGACCAAUGAGUCACAAGCACAGAUCAAAGCAAAUGUCCAAAAAGACCGUCAUGUUCUCAAUGUCAGAAAAUCUGGUCAUCCAUUAACGAAAAAGUCGAAGAUACAAAGCAACAGACGCGUUGUUCGUGAAGAGGACGCAAUUGCUGAGCUUCCUACAUGUCUAACUAGUUACCACAUCAACACGGACACAAAAUCAGAUGAAGAUUUCAUGAAUGGAAACGUUGCAGCUUCAUCAGCAGAGAAAUCACUGGAAGAGAUAGAACAGAUGAGAAUGUAUCUUGAGAAACUACUGGGAACAGAAGUGUUGUUGAAUGCGUACAACGCAAUAAAGAAAGGAGAAAACGCAAAGUGGGUUUUAGAGAUAAUGGGAACACAACACAGAAAGGCAGCUGUUCUACUUCAGAGACUCAUCCUUCUUGAGGAAAAUAUCAAUGCUGUAUAA